UAAUUAGUUCGGCACUUGUCAAUUCGUGAUCGCCCUUGUUAAUGGUUAAUACAGGUGAACGUAAAUAAAUCUCUUUACUGAUUGGAUAAUCUAAUAAUUUCGUCAAUACAAUUUAAACGCACUUAAAACGAAUUUAAGAUGUUUACUUGAUAUAUAAUGAACAUUACAGUGAUCUGGAGAAAUAUUGAGAAAUAUAUAAAAUGCAGAAAAUUAAAAGAGAAAAAGUGAAUCAAGCUAUUGAAUUACUUUGGUCUCAAAAAGGUGAUGAAGCACGAAGGAAUUCAAAACUACAGGAAGCAGAAAAAUCUCAGGAAAUGAGUGCACAAUGUAAAAUAAUGCAUUGUUAUAAAAAAAGUGAAAGGCAAUAUUCUACAAGCUUUUCAAAACAUAGAAUACUUUCUGAAAUGAAAUCGCAUGUCAUUCAGAAAAAUUGGAGUACAGUUAGAAAUUUGUUUUUAUUAUUACUGCAUCUCUCCAUAGACCUAGAACCACUGAUGUGGCGUUAUAUUUUUAUAUUAACACUGUACAGUAAUAUUGAUAAUUUGUCUAAUAUUUCUCAACUUCUUAAAAUGUGUAUCGGUUGUCUGGAUUCAGAUAGAGAUCUAAUAUUAAGAAAUUUAUUGCUAGUAUCAGCUUGUAAGAAAUGAACUUUUAUACAUUUUAUGUGAAUAGUUGAUUAUUCAUUUUGUAACAAGCAAUAAAUUUAUAUUUUUGAUAA